AUGCCGAGUGGCCCCAAGAAUAACAAGUACAUCAACCGCCACAGCGAGGAGGCGCGGCUGCGCGAUGAGGAGCGGCGCAUCGACUCCCGCGCGGCCCGCGAGGCGGCGAAGGAGGACGCGCGGUGGUCCGAGGCGGACCCGAAGGUGCUGAAGAAGAUGGAGAAGAAGCGAGAGAUGGAGCAGAAGCAGGAGGCGAAGGCCACCCGCGACGCCGAGAAGAGAGAGCAACUGGAGGAGGAGGAGCGGGAGAUGAAUGCUAAGGUCCCCAAGAAGGUGGCCCAGCGCCAAAUCCAGAAAGACUUGGCGAAGAUGCUGUCAGACUAUGACAAAGAGCGCAACGCCGUUCGGGGCGGCCAGCACGGCGCGGUGGUCAAGGCGGAGAAUACGGAGGAGGGGCUGCUACCGUCUGGCAACGUAAACCGCGAACGGGGCGUGGUUCCGCACCCGGCAGCGGACCAGGAUAGCAACACCAUCAAAGCCUCUGGGACCGUGGGUGGUGUGGUGGCGGCCUUGGAGAAGGGCGGCAGUACCAGCGGCGCUGCUGAGAUACCUGACAACCGUCAUAUCGGCAAGCGUGCCAAGGUGCUCUACAAGGCUUUCCACGCAGAACACCUGGAGCAGGUGAAGGAGGAGAAGCCGGGCCUGCGUCGCACCCAGUACAACGACAUUAUUUGGGAGAUGUGGCAGAAGAGCCCAACCAACCCGUUUGUGAUGCGCACCGAGAAGAUUGCGCAUGAGCGGUUGGAAGCGGAGCGGCGGUGGAUGGAGGGUGACUCGGACGGCGAGGACGAGGAGGAAGGGGAGUUCAAGAAUGACGGCAAGUGUGCGGCCAAGUAG